UGAGCUCACUGCCCCCCUCCCCCCCGUCUCUCUCUCUCCGGGGCACAACACCGCGGCUUUGAGGCACCUUUUUGUCCGCCCCUUCUUCAUCAUCAUCUUGGUGGCACUGAUUAAUUAACACACGCUCACACAUGGCUCUGUGCACGUGCGCGCGCGCGUCCGUAGCAUCCUCUGGGUGCAGCAGCAGCCACCCCCCCCCCUCCCUCCCCCCUCCCGCAGCCCCCGCCAGCAGAAUGCCCGACAUGCAAACGGAAGCAGGCGCUACCAUUUUGAAACGCAGCACCGCCGAGCGCCAUGGACAAGAGCAACACGGUCAAGCUCUUCGUGGGCAACCUGGCGUUGGACACCACCCAGGAGGAGCUGUCGGCCAUCUUUGAGCCCUACGGCCAGGUGGUGAGCUGCAGCGUGCUGCGGCAGUUCGCCUUCGUGCACCUGCAGGGCGAGGGCGCCGCCGAGCGCGCCAUCCGCGAGCUCAACGGCCGCGAGUUUCGCGGGCGCAAUCUGGUGGUGGAGGAGUCGAGGGGGAGGCCGCUGCACUCCACCAAGGUGUUUGUGGGCAACCUCAGCGGGAUGUGCACCACCGAGGACCUCCAGCAGCUCUUCCAGACGUUUGGGAAAGUUCUGGAGUGCGACAAAGUGAAAGGAUACGCCUUUGUCCACAUGGAGAACAAGGAGGACGCGCUCCAGGCCAUCGAGGCCCUGCACGGGACCUCCUUCAAGGGCCGCCCCCUCUCCGUGGAGCUGUCCAAGGUCCAGCCCAGCAAGCAGGCGCCCACGGGCAAGAUCCCCUGCGUCAACUGCGGGAAGCAGGGCCACUACGCCGGCGAGUGCCCCGUGGGGAAGCCCUCCCUGGAGCAGUACCAGAGCCAGGCGGCGGUGCUGGCCGCCGCCGCCGCCGCCGCCGCCGGCCUCCCGCUGCAGGUGCAGCAGAGCGUGCACAACUCGGUCUACAACACCUCCACCUUCGACCCCACGUACGCGGCGCUCACCGGCAUCACCACGGGCACGCGCACCGACGGCAACCCGGUGAAUCCGGCGGUGUACGGCGCCCUCGCCAGCCAGGUGUACGGCGCCAACGUGGCCAGCCAGCUUUACGGGUCGGUGGCCAACCAGGCGGCCCUGACGUCGGGCGCCACCCAGAUGUACAGCCAGAUGGCGCCCAACAUUUACAGCCAGAUGGCGGCGUCCCAGGCGGCGGCGGCGGCCGCCUACUCCCCCUCACGUUUCGUUUACACCCCCGACCAUGGCCAAUCCCACGUCUACCUGACCGCUGCCCACGGACUAGAAAUGCAACAGGCGGCGGCGGGUGUCAACCCCGCCUACGCCGUCUCCCCGGGCAUCUACGGCAGCGGCGCGCCGGCCUACGCCCACAUAAGCGCCAUGGGAGCGACGGACCCCACCACCGCCAUCUUCGAGGCGGCCAGGCAGGCCCACUACUUCGCCCAGGGCCAGCAGGUCAUGGCGGACCAGCAAGCGGCCGCCGCCGCCAAGACCGGCGAGCGGGACCGCAGUCCGCUGCGGAGGUCGGUGCCGCUGCUGCCGGACCCGGUGAUGAAGCCGUUCAUGUACCAGAGGGCCAAGCCGCGCCGGCCCCUGCUCCCCACGCCGGCCGGUCCGAGCGCAGAAGAGGCGGCGGCGGCGGAGGCUGCGGAGGACCCGAUGGCGAGGUACUACGCCGAGUACUACCAGCAGCUGCAGCAGUACCCCCAGUUCCAGUACGCCUACCCGCCGCCAAGCGCCAUGACCGCCAUCCAGGGCAUGCAGGGGGUGCCGCCGUCCCCGGCGUGGGCCAUGUCGGCCCAGUCGGUCGCCACGCUGGACGCCCUCAGGCCAGUGGUCCCCAACGCCGCGGCAGUGGCAGCCGCCAUGGCCGCGCCAAGGGUGUAUGAGCCGCCGUUGCCGCCGCCCGCGCGCAAGGAGGCCAUCCUCCGCCGCCCCGAACUCUCCCUUCACACGCCUGAGCCCCCCUUCCGAUAGUCGCACACAACUCUCUGACCCCCCCCCACCUCCUUCUCCUCCUCCUCCUCCCCCCCCCUCCCUCUUCGCCCCGAACCCCGUCACACAUCUCCUCCCCCCACCCCCAAACCUGACCACCUUACAGCAGCUGUGUGUGUGUGAGGGAGUGCGUCUGCGGGAUCAAAGUGUGUGGGGGGGGGGGGGGGUUUAUUAACCUGCUUCACGGGGCGGUCUGGGGAGGGGAGGGGGGGCGAUCGGCUAACCUUGGUCCUGUUUGCAUGCACACAGUGCAGCCGUGUGAAAGGCUCUCACCUGCUCGGGCAUUCUUUGUGCUUGUGUUUUUUCUCCAGUGUCUCUUGUGCCAGUAUUUAGACCGGCCCGGCCGCUCCUUUCACGCCUUUUCUUUCUUUUCAGCCACCAUUUUCUACAGCCCACUGCGAUGAGACGCUGUUUGUUUGUUUUUUUGUUGUUGUUUUUUUUAAAUCCGCGGCCUAGAUGAU